AUGGGUCAGUCCUCCUCUGAAACAGCUAAAGAUGAAGGCCAUGGAGAUUUGGUGCCCAGUUUCACUGCAUAUUUUAAGAAGAUGAAAAGAGAAAACCAAAUCAUUUCUCAGGAAACCAUCCGUUCCAUUGAGUUACAUUUGAAAAAAGGAGACAUUCGGGGGGCAAACUCUGUAAUCAGUGAUGCAUUAAAAAAUAUUGAUAGUGCCCCAAUAAACAUUGCUGUGACAGGAGAGUCUGGAGCAGGGAAGUCCAGCUUCAUCAAUGCCCUGAGGCGGGUUGGACCAGAAGAUAAAGGUGCAGCUGCAGUUGGAGUAGUAGAGAUGACUAUGGUGAGAACUCCAUACAAACACCCCAAAAUUAAAAGUUUGAUUUUAUGGGACCUGCCCGGCAUUGGAACUAAUAGAUUUCCUCCAGAAGAUUAUCUGAAGAGAAUGAAAUUCCAAGAGUAUGACUUCUUCGUUAUUAUUUCUGCCACACGUUUUACAAAACUUGAACUAGACCUUGCCAAAGCAAUCAGAUCUAUGAAAAAGAAUUACUACUUUGUGAGAACCAAGGUAGACAUUGAUUUAGACAAUGAAAGGUAUAGCAAACCACGUACAUUUGACAGAAAAAAGACCCUGCAGAAUAUCCGAAGCUACUGUGAGAACGCCUUUAGUCAAAAUAAAAUGGAUGUACCACAGAUUUUUUUGAUUUCAAACAGUGAUUUGUCUGACUAUGAUUUUCAAGUCCUGAUGGAUUCACUGAUAAAGGAUCUUCCUGCUCAGAAACGCCAUAAUUUUACACUUUCCAUUAGUAAUAUUACAGAGGCAGCCAUUGACAGAAAGCGUGAGGCCCUCCAGCAGCAUAUCUGGAUGGAAGCCUACAAGUCUGGACUUCUGGCUACUAUUCCUGCAGUGGGCAUCCUCAGGGAUGAUGUGGAGAAGCUGAAGGUGAAGUUAAACCACUAUCAAGUCGUCUUUGGAGUGGAUGAUGAAUCCCUGGAACUCAUGGCUAAGGAUUUCAAAGUGUCUGUUGAACAACUGAAAAAAAACAUUAAAUCUCCUCAUUUGUUGGGAACCAAGAAAGAAGAAACAUCAAGAGAAAUGUUGUUGAAAUAUGUUGAGAAAUUUGCCGCAGUUACUGGUGGGCCUCUUGCUACAGGUCUUUACUUUAGGAAAACCUUUUACUUGCAUCAUAUCUUCCUUGACACGGUGACUGAAGAUGCCAAAGUUCUCCUUAGAGAGACAUACUCAAAAAAUUAGUUCAAACUCACUUCACCCACAGCUACUGAACAUGAACAUCAAAUACCAGGAAUCAGUAGAUAAAUUUCCCCCUCUGUAUAUUUUCUUUACACUAGCCA